AUGGAAGUAAAGCAAGAAGUUUUGGUUAUUGGAGAAAUUUUAUACGCAAAAAAAUUUUACGAAGAAUUAAAAGAAAGAUACAACAUUAAAUUCAUAGAUAAAUUUGAUACAGAAGUUCUAGAUUCACUUUCACCUGCUAUAAAUGUAAUAGUUGUAAUUGGUGAUUCUUCUAAACUUGUUGAUGUUAAAGCAGCUACUGAAAAUGAGGAAUUAGAGCUUGAAGCAUUAAACAACCUUGAUUUUGCAUUAAUCACGGGUGUACCUAGAGAUCCGGUAAACAAAAUCGAUGAAGUAGCAGAAAUUGCCGCUGAUAAGGCUAUUCAAUAUAUUAAUGCAAGCGGCGAAGUAGUUGAUUUAGAUGUUUCAGAUAUUCAAAUUACAUUGUAA